AUGAGUGAAACGCCUUCAACCAGUUACUCAGUGAAUCAGCCAAACUCCUCUGAGAGUGAACAGACUCUGUCUACACGCCAUUUCAAUGUCACUGAACCAGUUGUGGCCAAACGAAUCUGUUUCUACAAAAGUGGAGAUCCUCAGUUUAAUGGAAUUAAAAUGGUUGUUAAUAAUCGGUCUUAUAAAUCAUUUGAUGCCUUGCUUGACAGUUUAUCCAAACGGGUCCCAUUACCUUUUGGGGUGAGAAAUAUUAGCACACCAAAAGGGAGACACAUCAUCACCAACUUGGAGGAUCUUGAAGAUGGAAAAUCAUAUAUUUGUUCCCAUCAGAGGAAAAUGAAACCCAUCAACCUUGAACGGGCUAGGAAAAAGCCACUGCCUUGGCAGAUCAGCAGGCCUGUCAGUGCUCGUCGUCGAGCCGUGCAGUUAGCAAAGGAGAAUGAACAUGGAUUUGGCCACAGAGAAAGAAAAGUAACAACUCCUAAAAAGCUGCUUGUUUUCAAAAACGGUGAUGUAAGACUCAAGCGCACCAUAGUUCUGGGGAAGAAAAAUACACAAACCUUUGAGGCCUUUCUGGAUUAUAUAAGUGAAUUAAUGCAAUAUCCAGUUGCGAAACUGUACACUACCGAUGGAAGAAAGGUUCCUAAUCUUCAGGCCCUGGUAUUGUGCUCUGGAGCUGUAGUUGCAGCAGGGAGAGAGCCUUUUAAACCGAGCAAUUAUGAUCCUCUUGGGUAUUCACGGCCUGCUAAAUUGCUUGGAAUUGCAAAUCGCGUGUACCCAAAAGCAAAUGCCAAGUCGGAGAAUGAAAGCAUGAGAGCUGAAAUGGCCUCUAGCUCAAGAUCUCAGAUAUUCUCAAUUUCUUCUGAUAAAGGAUCCAGCAAUGAUAACAACACAAAUGAUAACAACUCAGAUUCUUCCUAUGCUCUUGAGAAUUAUAAAAGUAUAGUAGGAAAUCAGUCACUUACUGAUGAAGACUUAUCUGUGGCACCGUGUGAAGAUGAUAUUGAGAAAUCUGUYCACCUUAAUCAAGAUGGCAGCAUGACAGUAGAAAUGAAAGUUCGAUUCAAAAUUAAAGAGGAAGAAACCAUAAAAUGGACAACGACUGUCAGCCGUGCUGGCCUUUCUGAUGGAAAAAAUAUUAAUAUUGACAAUUCUGCAACAGGUGCAGAAGAAUGUUUAUCUGAUGUAAAUAUGUCAGCAUGUAUAAAACCAAAAGAGGUUCCAUUUUUGGAGAGCUCCAGUAAUGAAGUGGGAGUCUCACUGCAGCAGUUCAGUGCAGGAGUGUCAGAUAAAGAAUCACAGUCUGAUUUAAAAGCUGCUGAUUAUAGUAUCUGUCAGACAAACACUUCUGCAGACCUAGAUGUAAGCAAYGUAUCUGAGAAUAAAACAAGAUCUCGUUUUUAUAGGCCUCCCACCCCUGGGCCAAGGCGUGUUAGACAAAAGAAAGCAGUAGUUGAAAGUGUCACCUUGGUAUCUGAAAAGGAGGUUCAGGAGAAGACAGUUGGAAAGUUUUCCUACAGUGAGGAAAUACAGGGUGGUGAAAGCAAAUCUGAGUAUCAUAUGGUUACUCAUUCAAGCAGCAAAAAAUCAAGUAUAGGUGRCCCAAAUUUUAAUGAAAUGAAUGACAAUGAUUUGUUAAAGCUUUCUUCAGAGAGCAGGAAGAAAGAAGAAAUGCUUUUUAAAGUAAGCCACAAAAGUCAUGAUUUGAUAGAAACCUCAAAUAUGAAGAAAUUAGAUGUGUCUGAUGAGGAUGAAUUGUUACAUAAAAUAUUAGAUAAAUCAGUUUUAGAACAAAAUUCAGUGCGUUCACCCUCUUCUAGACAUAGUCUGACAAAUAUGAUACCUGUAUAUAGUAAAGCUACCAUUGAAAAAACAGAUCCAAGAACUGGAUUCUUUCCUAGUGUUACUGAAAGUCAGAAUCAAAUUAGCGUUAGGACUGAAUCUGUUAUGACAACAUAUCCCACUGAUGAAAACCAGCCUGCAUCUUCCCUCAUGAAAAAGAAGAGAAAAUGUUUGUCUAACUUUCCAGAACAAGAUACACAUGAAAAUGAAAAAGAUAAAGAAGUCCUAGGGAUAAUUAAAAGUCAGGGAAUGCAUAUUACAAGUGAAACUACACAGAAUUCCACAAUACAGGCUACAGAUAAUUAUUCUGAAAUGCCUCAGAAAAAAGGAAUGGAAUACUUUGUCAAAACUGGUGACGGAUCUGUUAAUUCAGACAAAAAUGUAACUCCUGAAGAUGAGUUUUAUCACCAGUCUUCAGUAGCAAACCAAGAAAAUGGAUUAUCUAAUAGGAAAAUACGAGCUAACAGGCAGCUGACCAAAAUAAAAUCCAAGCUGGGCAAAAAAACCAGUUUGGCUUUGUCUGCAAAGCAAGAAGAUAGCCUAAUGAGAGUUGAUUCAAAAAAUGAAGCUGAACAGGCUCAAGAUAACCUGAAAAACAUUGAUACUUUCAUCAACAAAGAAACUAGAUAUAUCACAGAUAAAGUUCAUGUGACGAGAAAAAAUACACUGGUUGAACACAAUCUAACCAAAAAAACAUUAAAGCCUCUUUGUGAAUUAGAAGGUAUUGAAGAGUCAUCAAAACAUUCAUGUGGAAGACAAAUUGACUCUUUGACUAAUGCUAAUACAUCUGCAAUAGAAGAAGCUAAGUAUUUAUUACAGUCAGAUUUCCAUCAUGGCACUAAACUACAAAUGUUUCAUGAAACACAUGACGAGGACAGUAAGAAGUCAGAAGCUGAUAUUCAWGAUACUAAUCUCUGUGAAAGAAAAAGUUCUGAGGUUGCAGUUCAAGUUGAYUCCCCAGUUGUCAAUGAGAAAAUGGGAACAGAUGUUCAGACUAACUGCAUGUCCAGCGUGUUGCUGGGUGAAUUUCAGUCUGUUUUGCUCAAUCUCCAAAAAGAACAUAGUGGUUGUAUAGGAAAAACAUGCAGCUUUUCAGAUCUUUCACCUUCAGCUUUUGGUUCUUCCUCCAAUCUCCUCCUAGCUUGGCUACUUGUACUGAAUCUGAGAGAGAGUUUGACCAGCACAACAAAAGAUGAUAUCCAAAAAACUAUCUGUAGCUGUUCAGAAAUAUUUACACAGUUGCCGUUUCUGAAACAAGCCACAAUUGUAGAAAAAAUUGAUGAACUGAAGACUGCUAUCUCACAUUUUGAACAGUCAACAGAAAAUAACUUCCUACAGUCUAAGAGGGAACUCAAAAAACAGGAUUCUACAUAUUGCCAUGAAAAUGUGCCCAUAUCUGAAAAYUGUAAUAGUAUAUAUUUGCAAGAAAAUGAAAACUCAGUUGAAUCCUGCUUUCCAAAGGACACUAUAAACUAUGAAGAAGCUCAGGAAAAUGCUGGUGAAUUAGAAAGCUCUUCUGAUAUACAAAAAGAACUUUAUACAGCAAUGACGACUUUGGAAUUAAAUGAUUUCAGUGCUUCUGAAGCACUGCUAAUUGGGAAACCUACCAAUACUAAUUCAGAUAAUUGUAGCCUUAUUUCAUCUGUAAAGCCACCUGAAAGAAAUGAAGAAAUGGUUGAUAGCUCACCACAACMUUCUCAAGAUACUGGUGCGUUGCUUAACAAUGAACAGUCAGGAACUUCAGUAGAGCCUAACUCAACUGUUCCUAAGGUAACUUCCAACGACAAAAAAUGUAAUUUAGGUCAGGUUACUUCUGAGGUAGUAGGAGGAAAAGAUAUCACACAUGUUACUAACUAUAAAAGCAAAAAUGAGAAAUCAACAAGUAAUGAUGAAAAACCAAAUAACCAACUUAAACAAGAUUCUGACCUCUCUACAGAAUAUGAUUAUGAGGAUGAUUCUGUUCAGGAAGGAAGGAAAUACACAGAAACACAUGAAGAAACGUCUGAGAGGUUUUCUACACCUUCUCCAUUAUCUUUUUGUUAUGAAUCUAAGCAAAUUACAGAAUGUGAUAUGAGUGAAGGAGAACAAAAAUUACAAGUGGACAAACCGGAGAAUAAAACAUGUUCAGAUAUUUCUCGACUAGAAAAACGCUUAAAAAGUCCUGCUACAUCAGACUGGUCAGAUUACAGACCUGACAGUGAAGAAAGUGAUUGUAACUUUAGAGCAUCCAGUGAUUUGACCAAUGAAAGUGGGGAGGAAGCAGUACUUGAAAAACAUUAUAAUACUGGCUAUGUAAAAAGGACCAUUGAACGACUUUAUGGUAAGGCAGAAGCUUCGUUUAAGCCUAACUUUCACACAGGAGUUCCUUACAUGUCCAAAUUACUUCAAAAGGAUACUGAGGAAUUUCACUCUACAGUGGUGCAAAAAAAAGUUUCUUUUUUUGAAGAACCUAAGUCAUAUUCUGCAGAGGAGUUGUCACUUCCACUUCCAUCCCAAGAAUUUCCAGAAAACAUAAACAAAGAUGACAUUAUGUGGAGAAGAGAAAAUAUGUCUUUACCAGGACCACAAUCUGCUCUUAAUGGAGAAGAGACAACUUAUACUAAUGGCUGUUCAGGGGAACCUCCAAUGCAAUGUCGUCAACCUAGUAUACAUCCUAAUGAAGAUGAGGGAAUAUUGAUUGAUAAAGGCAAAUGGCUUCUUAAAGAAAAUCAUCUGAUCAGACAAUCGCCACCUGAAAGGAUUGGAAUGUAUGGUAAUUUGGAUUCAACUUCAACAGACACCAUGCUUGAUACUAACAGCGAAGAUGCUCCAUACUCACAUUUUGGUAAUCUGACUCAAUAUCCAGUUCUCAAAGAAAUUUCUUCUUCAGAACUCGAAGAUAUGGUUAAACCUUCUGAAAAUGUUUGUAACUACUUCAAUAUGCCUCAUAACAGUGAUUCAGACCCUUUUCUGGAUGACCUGGGUACAAAAAACAAGCCUAGCCCCAACUGUAAAAUCACCUGUCUUCCUGUAGGAAACAAAGAAAAGGUCAACCCAUCAGUAACGGAAUGUUCUACUUCUAAAUAUGUUUCCACAGGAGCUAAUACCAAUUUUACACCCUUAACAUCUGUAGAGUUUAGAUUGCCUGAUAACAAGGUGCAUCCAUUAACACAGCCUUUAAAUGAUGAACCCAUACAGUCUCAGCCAAAUGAUAUCAAUAAUGCUAACAGAAGUGCUCUUCAGGAAGAAGAUUCUUUAGAUAAACUCCAUGCUAUAUGUGGCCAACAUUGUCCAAUAUUGAUGGCAAUAGUAACUCCAGUUAAUGAGGAACAGAGAGGAUACGCCUACCAAAAAGCAUCUGACCUUGAGAACCAGCUAGGUCUCUAUUCAUUGGCCAAGAAGAGUCAUCAUUUACCAUGGCCAGGCAAAGGUUUAAUAAAAGAUGAAAAUAAUCAUGUGACUAUGAAGAAUAACUGUAUCAGUAGGAUUGCCAAUAAUAUUUUUAAUAGGUUUUAUGCUAAUAACACGUUAGAUUUUGUUAGUAACCUUGAGCUUCCAAAAACUUCAACCCUGAAAGACAGAAGCAAUCUAGGGAAGUUAUGUGUUAUAGAUGAUAUGAAUGUAAACCCUGUGAAGAUCCACAAUUGUCAUAAUAGUGUAUCCAAAAAUAAAGUUAGUGAUGUAGCGUUUAUUAUGUUGUUUAACAAUGAAAAUGACUUAGAARGUCUUGGCAGUACAUCUAGUAUGCACAUUCACAYAUCUUGGAAUUUAGGCAACUAUUUUUAUUGAUUGCUUGAGAUGCUGAGAUUAGAUCUAUGUAUAAUAGACUCCCAGCUGAUAACACACUCUACAAAUCUGUUUUGA